AUGUCAUCUUACGAUGCUGCCUUUACUCUGACAUGUCUCUCCAACACUGCUCCUCCUCUUCCCUGUCUCUCCUAUCCAUCCUGCGAUGCUGCUCAUCAGCAUCAUGUCUCUUGCUGCCCAUGGAUGGACAGCCCUCACACCAUUUCAUCAAUGUCAGGGGCCAUUCCCACCUCAUCUGAGCACAGUUUGCACCCCUCCUCAUUCCCCCCUUCUACCUGUUGUCAGCACCCAUCCCAUGUGCCAACUUCAUUGUUGUGCAGGGUCCCUACCUCAUCUGGUGGCAACCUCCAAGAUCUCAGUGAACUCUUCCACAAGUCCUAUGAUCUGCCCAAUUUCUCGAUUCCUGUGCUCCCUUCAUAUGAGUUGAUGGAUCUUCCUGCUUCCUGCACAUCCAGACCCAUGACAUACAUCAUGACAUCUAUUUGA